AAACAGCUCGGUCCUUUACCCACACAUCUUUAUCAAAACAAGAUGAAAAAGUUAUUUUUGUUCCUUCUUUUCUGUCACAUUUCAUCAGCAGUGAAACACUCCAUGAAGUAUUUUGUAAGUGCAUCUACUGGAGUCCCACACUUCCCAGAGUUUGUGGGAGCGCUAGUGAUUGAUGAAAUUCUAACAGGUAACUGUGACAGCAACAAAAAGACAGUGGAACCAAAACAGGACUGGAUGAAAAAAAUAUUUGAAGGCGAUCCACAACUCUUUGAGUGGUACAGUGGACAGUGUUCUGAUUAUCAGCCAAACUUCUCCAAGGCCAUGAUUUCUAAUUUGAAGCAGCGCUUCAACCAAAGUGGAGAUGUCCACAUUUUACAGGAGGUGUUUGGUUGCGCGUGGGACGAUGAGACUGGCGAGGUUAAUGGUUUUAAUCAGUAUGGUUAUAAUGGAGAAGACUUCAUAGCAUUGGACUUGAAGACAUUGACAUGGAUUGCUCCGAAACCUCAGGCUGUCAUCACCAAAAUGAGAUGGGAUGCUGAGAAAACUAGAAUAAAAUACAAUGAAAUCUUCCUCACUCAGAUUUGUCCUGAGUGGCUGAAUAACUAUUUAGAUCUUGGCAAGAGCUCUCUGCUGAGAAUAGACCUUCCCUCAGUGUCUCUCCUCCAGAAGACUCCCUCCUCUCCAGUCAGCUGCCACGCUACAGGUUUCUACCCUGACAGUGCCUUGAUGUUCUGGAGGAAAGAUGGAGAGGAGCUUCAUGAGGACGUGGACCACGGAGAGAUCCUCCCCAACCACGAUGGAUCCUUCCAGAUGAGUGUUGACCUGAACCUUUCAUCAGUCACACCUGAAGACUGGAGGAGGUACGACUGUGUGUUUCAGCUCUCUGGUGUGAAGAACGACAUCGUCAUCAAACUGGACAAAGCAGAGAUCAGAACCAACUGGGAGAAGCCCAGUGGCAGGACCAUCCCCAUCACUGCUGCAGUGGCUGUUCUUGCUCUAAUCCUAAUCUCUGCCUGUGGAGUCAUCAUUUACAAAAGGAAGAAAGCCAAAUGCCCUCCAACUUCUCCUGACAACGGAUCUGAGCUCUCUGAGAAACUGAAUCCAGAGACAUGAUUGCAACGCACUCUCAUUAAAGUUUUAUAAAGUUUUCUUUGACAAAGGUGGUGCUGACUGGAUCAAAUUAAUAGUCUAUGGUUUUUCCAAGAUAGGGACUGCCCCUCCACUUCAUUUUGGCCAGUCACUUACUGUGUAGUAUCAUAAUUAUGCCUUUUCCCAUAGUAACAAAUAGGAUAACUAAUACUUCCAUAUACAAACCAUGUUUAUUUAAAUAUUGUGAUCAGAACUACAACUAAUGCUGUACCUGGACGUUUUUUAGCCCUUUUUUUUUUGUUAAAUGGGAUAAUCUGUCAUUUGUUCAAGUUGUUGAUAUCAGAAUUACAUUACUGUCCACUUAUUCAGAGUUCAUUCAUGUUUCCCACAAAAUGUAUUAGUGUGUGUAAGAGCUGCCAGUGUUGACUGUCAGUGGAGGAGAGAUACCAGUAUUGUCUCAUCUAAAAGCCUUGACUCUGGAGUCUAGGAAUUAUCCAGUGGAUUGUUAAUUUGCCAGUGUGUCUCCAGGAGCUGCCAGUCUUGGUAUAAACUGUGAGUACAGAUGCCAUUUUGUCUUGAGUUCCUGGAUUGAGUUGCUGAAGGAGGUGCAAGAAAUCACAGCCUUCAUAUGCCCUCUGGGUCUGUUCCAAUUUAAAGUCAUGCCAUUUGGACUGAAGAAUACCCCCACAACAUUCCAACGGAUAAUGGAUCAUUAGGAGAAUUUAAAGGUGUCAUGUGUUUUGUGUAAUUCUAAUAGUUGAUUGGACUGAACUCUGUUAAUAAGUGUGUAUAUAACUGUGUUGUAAGGAGUAAGGGCUAGGCCUGCUCUGUUUGGCAAGUAUCCUGAGAUAAUUUCUGUUAUGAUUGGGGCUAUACAAAUAAAAUUUAAUUGAAUUGGAUUGUCAGUUGCAUUGUAGGGAAGACUUUUCCCAAGUGGCUUGAACUCUUGGAGCCGUGAAACACUCUCUCACACACAAAAGCACACACACCCAUAUUGCUUUGUUUGCUUUGUGACAAUACACCUAUUGAAAACUCUAAUGACUGUGGUCUAUUUGUUUUUGGGGACAUUUGUUUCAUUGCUUAUUGCUAUCUGCUUAUGGUUUUGUAUGGAACAAUGACUGACCUUUAUGAUCAUUUUGAUUUGAAUAUAUUGCUUUAAUUACUGGUUUUAUUUACUGCAUCUUUUUAUAAGCUGUACGAACACCCUAAUCCAGGGAUCCAGAAAGAGUGAGAAAGAAGAAUAAAUUGGCCUAUGAUGUUAAUCCAGGUGAUUUUUUCAACAAUACGCAAAACUGCUUUUUCUAAAUUAGUUUCAUGGACACCACAAGCUUCAUCUUCUGUUUCACUCUGGUUUUUGAACUGAAACAACCCUCAUCAGAGCUAAAGAUCAAUAGUGAUUUGAAAGAUGAACUUCUAUUUCAGUUUUGCUUGACCUGCUGUGUUUGACAGAAUUGAUGUUCUAAUCUUCCUACUUUGUGUUUCCAUUCUUUUGGAGUUUUAUCUCUGUCCAGACAAAAAUGUUCUGAGCAGUUUGACAUGGUUCAAUCCUUUGACCUUUGCUUUUUAAUUUAUACAUGCUCCCACUUGCUCUGUCAAUUAUAUGCUGAAAGUAAACCGCUGUAUGUUAAACCUCUCCUCCUGUCUUCAGUUCAAUAAACAAGCUGCUGAACUGUG